CCCAAGGUUAGCACGAUGGCUGACCCGUCCUGCCCCUGCGGCGGCGGGACGGGCUGGCCCUCGGCGGCAUCACGGCGGCUGGGUUGGGAGGCUGUUUUGCACCCCGUCGCGGCGCUCGGGCUGCCCUUGCCACGGAAGGUGUGCGUGCGUACGGGAGUGUGUGUGCGUGUGUGUGUGUGUGUGUGUGUGUGUGUGUGUGUGUGUUGUGCGUUUGUGUGUGUGUGAUUCGGUGGUCCUGCCAGGAUAGACGCUCCCAGUCCUAGGGCGGUCAUCUCCCUCUCUGAUCCGGCCAGCACCGCGUCACAUGCAGCUUGCAGCGUCACUUCCAGCGCGGGAUCGGUCGAACGAUGUUCUGCGUGCAGGGGGUGGUGUCGACUUCGCCGGGCUUGGAAGCGUCGGGGUCCCCGUCCGGCACGGCCGCAUCCUCUCGGGCCGAAGAGCAACCAGAAGAGGCGGGCGGCAUCUUGGGCGUGGUGCGGCGGCAGAUGGAGGACUCGACCUUGAGGAGCGCCUCAGCUCCCGGCUGGACGCGGCCCAGAGGCAGUCCGCGCGCCUCCAGGACGCGGCCAUCGCCCGGCUCGAGGAGAAGGUGACCGCGGGGGCCUCCUUCCGCCCCCGCGCCGAGCGCCGCCUCGCCGAGCUCUCGGGCGCGCUGCGCGGGGUCUCGGACGAGCUGCAGGUGCAGAUCCGGCGCGCGGACGGGGCCGAGGAGCAACUGCGGGAGGUCCGCCGCUGCACGGAAGAGGAGAUCCGCAAGCAGUGCGAGGCGGCGGAGGCGGGCGCCCGGCGCGCCGUGGCCGCGGGCCAGCGCGCGGCGCACGCCGCCCUGGAGG